GAGGAAAUUUCUCUAUGAAUUAGUUACAAUUACGUUCGACAGGUGGCGCAAAGUGAUAGUGUGUGUAUUCUGUUGUAUGAUGUCAAUGAGAUGCUCUUAUCUAAAGUAGUACUUUGUCUGAAGCUCUUAAAUGUGUUAUCCUUUUAAGUCGUGCACAUCCGGAAAGAGGUCGCGAGACAUUCACGAAAUUGUUCCGAAAUACUAAACAUUGGUCGUCAUGCAAACGAGUUACAUUUAUGCAAAUUCACGUAUCGACAAUAUAAAUGGUGGAUUUCUUUUUUACUUUCUGACGAAAUCUCUUACGUUCUCUUAUUAAUAUUUGUUCUAAACGAGACCCGAAAGUGUAAAAAAAGAUUAGAAGCGUGAAGUGGGCUAUGUACAAAAAACGUCGGGGUGACAACUCUUCGAAAUGAGGUCACCCUCGUGGCCCAUAACAUGUGAAUGAACGUCUGACUAGAGCGAUAAGAGCUAAGUGGCGAUUGGAGGCAUCAUCGUUUCCUCGGUAGCAAUCACACCAGUACUGGCUACGCUGAUUGGCUACUCGUACACGUGCACGUGAACAAGAGAUGUACUAGAGCUAACGUAAGAGAGAAUCGGCCAUAUGUGUGAUAUGUCUUCUACUGUGCACUAUAUUAAGUAUGAACCCGUCCAAUGUUUGCUAUUAAUACUUGCAAGAUUGUCUCUUCAAUUUUAAUUAAAAGUUUAAUGUUUUAAUUAGCUUCCCGAACAAUCAAAAUUUAUAAAUAUCGGAAUCAGUUUUGAUCAUUGAAAAACGAGAGGAAGACAGGAUAUGCCCCUUCAUUUUGAUAUGAUACUUUCUGCGAGUCCACCGUUGUUCAACCACAAUACCUUCAUGGACUUUAGAUAUGCCACGUUUCCUUCAAACAAUCGUGGAAAGUAUUUGGGAAUCAACACACUCAAUGGAAUCAACUGUUACUCGCAUCAAAAACACCAGAUCGCUCCACCCAGAUCGUGCUUGAUCGUCAAGGAACAAACGGAAAUAGAGAAUUCCAACCAGAACUCUAAGAAGAGAGUAUGGUUCGCAGACGACAAGGGAAUGGCCCUAACCCACGUUCGAAUAAUGACCGAACCUUCCGACUGUCCUCCACGAUGGUCGGAUGACUUCUUAGAAAAGGUCACACAGGGCAUCAAAGACACCUUAAAUAUAGAUAACACCUGGGAGCCUUCUUUUUCCCAACCGGCUUCCGAUUAUAUGGCAUUUCGUACCAAGUUGGAUCGGGAUUGUGUGUCCUUAGAGAACGUCAUCGUGAAAGACGAAGAUGGAAUCAUCACGGGAACCAUUAAAGUAAAGAACAUCGCAUUCGACAAAGAAGUAAUUGUAAGGAUGACGUUCGAUCGUUGGUCAUCUCAUACAGAUGUACCAGCUUCCUUCGUACCGAAUAACCUGCUGGAAGAGGAAGGAGCAUCGGCUCCUUACGAUACUUUCGCAUUCACAUUUCCCAUAUCAACAGAAGCGGUUAAUCAUCAACAAAUAGAAUUCUGCGUUCGAUUCAAAUGCGGUAACAACGAAUAUUGGGACAAUAACGGAGGUGACAAUUAUCGAUUAGUAACGGGCAAGAAUAAAUCAAAGGAGAGCAUUCAGAAUCAGAAAUUCGUGGAUGCCCUAACAGCUAGCUUUACCCACUGGACCGAAUUCGCCAGUUGGAAUAAUUUAAUCACGGAAGGACCUUACUGGUGAAGGCGUAUUUUAGAUGUAUAUCUUUAUAUUUCUUAUUUGGGAUGCUCCCGAACUGGAUCUCCUCCCCAUCGUCGUAGUUGGCUAAGAAAAAAUUUUAUUUUUUGUUUCCAACUGUCUCUUCAUUCAUCAAAAGUCCACGCUAGUCUUCCUUAUCGAAGCAUAUUCAGGAUGGUUCCUAUUUUUGAAGGUAAAUAUGAUUUCCUAGAAGUGAUGUUUUUAAAGUUCCUGUUUUAGUAAAAACUUUAUUCCACGAACUUUGCAAAACCCAUCCUCUCAUCGAGCUUUAGUCCGCCCAGUUUUUUGUUUCAUCCAAAAAAAUAUUGAACUGAUAGGAAAAGGGUUGGACUAAUCACACAUUUUGUCUACGAACAAAACUUCAUUACAAAUUCAAAAACAUUUUCAACGUUUAAAAUUAUUAGUUACUGCACUUUGACAUUAAUCUUGAUUGUUGUCCUGGAACUUGAAGUUAUCUAGAAUUGAUAGAAAUAUUUUGUGAUAAAAGGAAACUGUAUCAGCUAUUUAGUAAACGAAUUUUUAUAGAGUGUUCUCUUGUGAAUAGUUUUUUUUCACAGUAUUCUAGUCUGGAGAAAGAUGCUCUUCAAUUUUUAUGCCUAAGGAUGAAGAUUGCAUUUAAAUGGUAGUGCCAACGUUCGAAUCGUGAAAGGAAUUUUAUAAACGAUUAACUAAUAUUUUGAGUUUACUAAAUUGUUCCGUCCUUCAAUGUUCCUUUGCUAACAAACAAGUGGACUGUGAUUUGCUCCGUUUAUGUUCCGUUGACAUUUUAUUUUUUCUCGUCACGUACCUCGUUUCUAUUUUAUAACAUUAACAAAGUUGUCCAAAAUGUUAGAAACGGGUAUUAGAUAUAUUUUCAUAGAAGAAACGGUAGAGGUGUAGCGUGAAAUUUCUACAAAAUGACCAAUAGAAAGGACUUCCUGGAGAACUUCCGAUUUUUAGAAGAAAAAGAGGAAGUUUCGCGUCAUCAAAUUCCUCCCUGUGGAAGGAAACGAAGCAGACUUUUGAUAGCUACCAACGCUAAACGUGUGCCUAUUUUUGCUUCAAGCACUCUGUUGUCUUUUCAAGCAAGUGUUUGGCAUCUGUUUGAAUCAACAAGUUCUCUUUGGCGGUGGUCCUAAUUCGUAUAUCCACCCCACCCUUAUAUAUUAUUCUGUUGAUAAAAUUUUAAGCGUGACCCAAAAUAAGUUCAUGAAAUGCAGUAUUUUUUUUCUGUCAGGACAUUUAAAUUAUUUUAUCUUAUUUUGGGACAGCCUGAAGUACAAUUUAUUAGCAGCUAUAUAUCACAUUCUGUGAAUGCUAUGUAUGUACAUAAGUCUAUGAUUGGAUCAUGCUGAAUUUGUACAGAGUAAUUUAAUUACAUUUAAUAAAUAUUUACCAGAAGAAAA